AUGCCGGUAGAGCGUGUUCCGACGCCAUGCCCGACGAUUCGGAAAAUGACUCCUGCAGCCGAAUAUCAUGAGUAUGCAACAAAGUUCCUCAGAGAUUUCACAAACUAUAUGGUUAAAGAAAAAAUGUGCAUGAAGCUUCUCAUGUUUGUCUAUGCAACAAUAAUGUACUCGCUUGUCUUCUUCAUUGAAGGAGACUCUUUCAAGAUCCAAAUGGAUGGAGUUCAAAUCUGCUCCUCCAUCGUCCUUACCGAAAUGGCAUUGGGAGCUUCUUUGACAAUAUCCACUUAUGCCCUUUUGUACAAACGUGCGGUGGCAAUGGCUCCACUCCUCUUCUUUCAGUCUGUCGUGUUAAUGUACGGAUUCUCUCACUACUUGGUUCCAUUUCUCGAUAUGCAAUAUCGCGUAGCUUUGAUGAUUUUCGAGGAGGAUAACACUACCGGAACAGUCUUGUGGACCUGCUUCAGACUUUUAGUUCUUUUCAUCAGCCGUAUCUUCCCACUCAUCAUUCAACUUGGCUUUACGAUUUUCACCAUCAAGAUCAUUUUCUGUCUUAUGCUUGUUGAGAACGUCGAAUCCCGCAUCUACCUUCCAUACCACCGAUCCACCGUCCCAAUGAACUCCCGUGUCUGGUCCUCAAUCCGUCGUAAGAUCUCGGUUCGCCAAUUUCAAGACAGCUCGACCCAAACUCUAGCUGGAGCUCUCACUGACCCAGAAUUGGUUUCUGAGAUGUCGGCUAAAUUUAAGGGGGUCCGGUUUCCCCAGGCCCUGGUCCACCAGGAGGACCUUUGUUAA